GGUCGCAUUCAACCUCACUUCAACACAAAUUCUAGACCACAACAAGCAUGGCAACCAUGACACCCACAUUGCGGCCAUUGAGCUGUUGGAAAUCUAUCUUGAGGCAAUCGAGACAACAGAAGACCAUUUCGAGGUCUUUGACUACAUAUCAUAACUCAAAACCUGCGUCGCAGACUCCUCUUCAGACUCAAGCUGUCCGAAAAAUCAAAACCUACCCUCCACCCUCAUCACCGGCUCAAGUCUUCAAGGAACCAAUAAAAAACCUUCACGCAGAGCAAAUUGCCGUCCUUGAUCCCACCGGUGCCCGUACCAACCUAUUCUCCAAAACAAACCCAGAAGCAGCCAGAGUUGGCGAUAUUCUCCUCAUACGACUCAAAACCGGCGAUCCAUUUGCUGGAGUAUGCAUCAAUAUUCGAAGACGAGGUGUGGAGACGGGUAUCUUAUUGAGAAAUGAGUUGACGAGAGUGGGUGUCGAGAUGUGGUACAAGAUAUAUAGUCCCAACGUGGAGGGUAUUGAGGUGGUACAGAGGAAGGCCAAGAGAGCUAGAAGAGCUAGGUUGACAUACAUGAGGAAGCCCAAGCAUGAUAUGGGUAGUGUGCAGAAUAUUGUCUUGCAAUACCAGAGAACAAGGGGUGUAUUGGGAAGAUCCGAGGGCGAGAGGAGGCAAACUAGUAAGAAGAAGACAAAGGGAAAGAAAUAAAUGGCUCGAGAGGGGCGAAAUAUCAUGCAUUGACUUCAUAAAACAAGAUAGCACUUGUACAUUAUUGUCAUAUUACCAGAGCACAGAAAGUUUCUAUUGUUUCCCUUGAAUUUGAUAUUUCCAAAAUCCGAAUGAAGGACGGGUAUCCAUACUGAAAACGAA